CUUGACAAUCUCCCCUCACCCACCUAACCCCGUCCAAAACCCACCUCUGAAAAUCUCUCAAUCCACCUUUUAUCCACAGAAAAUUACGUCAAAACCCCAAAAAGUAGGAGAGAGAAAAGCAAUAAUUGUGUUGUCUGGUAGCACUGGAGCAGCACUAUAGGCAGGGAGGAAGAAGCACCGAAAGAUACUGCUUUUGUUACUUUUUGUAUACUUGUAAAACAGGCCAAAUUUUAUUGUCUCCAUCUCUAUUAAUUCUUUGAUUUCAAACUGAAAAAUCCUAUCCCUAUUUGAUUGGCAAGCAAGUUUUGAAAAAUAUGGGCUGUUCUGCUUCUAUUCCCCAAGCUUUUAUCUCAAGAGAUCAGCCUCAGCAAAAUCAGUCCUCAAAUUUUUCAUCUUCCUCACUUUCUCAAUCACCUCAUUCUAAUUUCUCUUCUUCAACCCCGGUUUCAAGAACUCUCUCCCUUCCCACCCCAUUGGUCCACCAUCUUCCUCUUUGCAAAGGGGAUACUAACCAUUUGGUUUCUCUCACAUCAACCACCUAUGGUUCUCUAGUCCUUGUUGACCCUCCAAAGCCUAAUUUUGAUGCUGAAGAUUUUGUGAAUUCGACGGUGACUGCCCAGAUUGUUAAACCUCCAAAUGUAAAUGAUUCUGGUGACCCUUUAUCCCCUGACUCGGUUAUCAACACUUGGGAGCUCAUGGAAGGCCUCGACGAGUUAGAUUUUGAUGUGGUUGAUCCUCCUGGUGAAUCCCCUAAAAAGCCCAUUCUGUAUAGCAAGUCUAAGACUUUUGAUUUGGGGUCUAUGAGGAAAGAUUUUGAUGCAAAUGAGUUGGAAAGGAGUUAUGAGUUUGUUGAGCAUUCGGAUUCCAAGCCCUUGUGGCAGCAUUUGUCUGAGGAGUCUUUGCUGGCUAAGUUAGACCCCAAUGUGGUUUCUAGUUAUCGAAAAGCGUUAUUGAGUAAACAAUUUGGGGGAAAAGAAGCAAAAGAGUGGUCGAAAUCUGGAAAGAUUCAGCCUAUUGGGUCACCUAAUAGUACUUCAUUCUGUUCCAAAAGGAGUGAUAUUUAUUUGUCAGGAGCUGAGGAUAGGGUUGUGUUGUACUAUACUAGUUUGAGAGGGAUUAGGAAGACUUAUGAAGAAUGCUGCACUGUUAGAAUGAUUUUUAGGGGGUUUAGAGUGUGUGUUGAUGAAAGAGAUAUGUCAAUGGAUUCUUCGUAUAGGAAGGAGUUGCAAAGUCUGCUGGGAGGGAAGACAGUGACCUUGCCCCAAGUGUUUAUUAAGGGAAUGUACAUUGGUGGAGCAGAGGAAAUUAAGGAACUUCAUGAGGAAGGGGAACUGGCUGUUCUUUUGGAUGGUAUUCCGGUGAAGGAUUCUCGUUUUGUCUGCGAGAGCUGUGGAGAUGCAAGAUUUGUACCGUGUUCAACUUGUAAUGGAAGUCGGAAGAUCUUUGAAGAGGAGGAAGGAAAAUUGAGAAGGUGUUUUGAUUGUAAUGAGAACGGGUUGGUUAGGUGCCCCAGCUGCUGUCCUUGAAUGCUACAUAUGCCCGAUGUCGCCUGUCGUAUUUGUUAUGAGGUCAUUUAGACAAUUGUCCUGCUAAUGAAUUGUAUGUAUAUCUGUCAUUGGAGGAUUUGUUCUAGAAUUGUUUCUUUUUUAGCUGUCUAUAUUGUUUAGCUGUUGGGUAUUCUUGUUCAUUGCCUCUGUGAACUGUGUUAUUUAUUAAAUAAAGACACAACCUUGUUCGCUUCUC